AUGGGGGACGAGUUGGACGGCGAAGGCCAGGCGCACGUCGGGGAUCCCGGCCAGGACGGCGCCGCGGCACCGGGCCCGCGGCGGGAGGAGGAGCAGGCAGCAGCGGCCGGGCUAUCGGAACCGGGGCCCUACGGAUACAUCCGGGCCGGCCUGUUCACCUCGGAGGUCUUCAAGCUGGAGCUGCAGAACGUGCCGCGCCACGCCAGCUUCAGCGACGUGCGGCGCUUCCUGGGCCGCUUCGGGCUGCAGCCCCACAAGACGAAACUCUUCGGGCAGCCGCCCUGCGCCUUCGUGACUUUCCGCAGCGCCGCCGAGCGCGACAAGGCCCUGUGCGUGCUGCACGGGGCGGUUUGGAAGGGCCGCCCGCUCAGCGCGCGCCUGGCCAGGCCCAAGGCUGACCCCUUGGCCAGGAAGAGGCGGCAAGAGGACCGGGGGGAGCUCUCCGCCGGCCCGGCCGCGUGCGUCGCCGACGUGGUGACCCCUCUCUGGGCCGUUCCCUACGAGGAGCAGCUGGAGCGGAAGCGGCAGGAGUGUGAGCAAGUGCUGCAGAAGUUGGCCAGGGAGAUCGGGAGCACCAACCGCGCCCUGCUGCCCUGGCUGCUCUCACAGAGGCACAAGCACAACAAGGCCUGCUGCCCGCUGGAGGGCAUCCGGCCCUCCCCCCAGCAGACCGAGUAUCGGAACAAAUGCGAGUUCCUGGUUGGUGUCGGCGUGGACGGGGAGGACAACACAGUGGGCUGCCGGCUCAGCAAGUACAAGAGCGGGACGUGUGCCGUGGCAGCCCCCUUCAACACCGUGCAUAUCCCUGGGGCCACCAAGCAGGUGGUGAAGGCGUUCCAGGAGUUCAUCCGGUCCACUCCCUACUCAGCAUACGACCCGGAGACAUACUCAGGUCACUGGAAGCAGCUGACCGUGCGUACCAGCCGCCGCGGCCAAGCCAUGGCCAUUGCCUACUUCCACCCACAGAACCUGAGCCCGGAGGAGCUGGCGGGGCUGAAGGCAUCUCUGGCGCAGUACUUCAUGGAGGGACCGGGCAAGGCCAGUGGGGUGACCUGCCUCUACUUCGUGGAGGAAGGACAGCGGUCAGUAGUCGGGACAGCUGGGAUGGUCUUCGUGAGGACUGUGACUGACUGCUCCUCUCGCACCCACAGAAAGACCCCCAGCCAGGAGGGCCUGCCUCUGGAGCACGUGGCCGGGGACCGGUGCAUCCGUGAGGACGUGCUUGGGCUGACCUUCCGCAUCUCCCCCCACGCCUUCUUCCAGGUGAACACCGCUGCGGCUGAGGUGCUCUACACGCUCAUCCAGGACUGGGCCCAGCUGGAUGCGGGCAGCACGGUGCUGGAUGUGUGCUGUGGCACAGGCACCAUCGGCCUGGCCCUGGCCCGGAAGGUGAAGAGAGUCGUGGGGGUCGAGCUGUCCCAGGAGGCUGUGGAGGAUGCACGGGUGAACGCCCUGGACAACGAGCUGAGCAACGUGGAGUUCCACUGUGGCAGGGCCGAGGAGCUAGUGCCCACCCUGGUGAGCAGGCUGGCCUCCCAGCAGCUCGUGGCCAUCCUGGACCCGCCCCGUGCCGGCCUGCACUCCAAGGUGGUCCUGGCUGUGCGCCGAGCAGAGAACCUGCGGAGGCUGCUGUAUGUGUCCUGCAACCCGCGGGCAGCCAUGGGCAACUUCGUAGAUCUCUGCAGGGCCCCGUCCAACCGCGUCAAGGGCACUCCCUUCCGGCCAGUCAAGGCUGUGGCCGUGGACCUGUUCCCUCAGACCCCGCACUGUGAGAUGCUCAUUCUCUUUGAGAGGGUGGAGCACCCCAAUGGUGCGGGGGCCCUGGAGCCCCACAAGUCUGUGGUCCAGACCCCACCAGCACCCCCAGGUGAUACCUCGCCGGAAGCCAGGGCCUCCCCAACUUCUUAG